GAGGAGUCCGAAGGAGGAAAUAUAGAAGCAUCUGGAGACCUUCCAUUAUAGCUGGAGCUAAUGGAGGCAUGGGCCGUACAAGGGGGUCGCCCUCUCAGGAUGCGGGUCCCCCCUCUUCUCCUCCUGCUCUUCCUGCUGCCUGGGACCCUGCGCGCAGCAGAGAACCAUCUGUCCCUCCUGUACCACUUCACCGCCGUGUCCUCCCCUGCCCCGGGGACUCCUGCCUUCUGGGUGUCAGGCUGGCUGGGUCCCCAGCAGUACCUGAGCUACAAUAACCUGCGUGGCCAGGCUGAGCCCUGCGGGGCGUGGGUCUGGGAGAACCAGGUGUCCUGGUAUUGGGAGAAAGAGACGACAGACCUGAGGAACAAGGAGAAGCUCUUUCUGGAAGCUUUCAAAGCCUUGCAGGAAGAAGGCGCCCCCGGUCCCUACACCCUGCAGGGCCUGCUGGGCUGUGAGCUGGGCCCUGACAACGCCUCGGUGCCUGUGGCCAAGUUUGCCCUGAAUGGCGAGGAGUUCAUGGAGUUCGACCUCAAGUUGGGCACGUGGAAUGGGGACUGGCCCGAGUCCCUGAGAAUCGGUAAGAGGUGGGAGCAGCAGGCCGACGCCAUCAACAAGGAGAAGACCUUCCUGCUCUACUCCUGCCCCCACCGGCUGCUGGGGCAUCUGGAGAGGGGCCGCGGAAACCUGGAGUGGAAGGAGCCACCCUCCAUGCGCCUGAAGGCCCGACCAGGCAGCCCCGGCUUCUCUGUGCUCACCUGCAGUGCCUUCUCCUUCUACCCACCGGAGCUGCAACUGCGAUUUCUACGGAACGGGCUGGCAGCUGGCUCCGGUGAGGGCGACCUUGGCCCCAACGGCGACGGCUCCUUCCACGCCUGGUCGUCACUAACAGUCAAGAGUGGCGACGAGCACCACUACUGCUGCUGGGUGCAGCACGUGGGGCUGGCACAGCCCCUCACUGUGGAGCUGGAAUCACCAGCCAGAUCCUCGCUGCAAGUAGUUGGAGUCGUCAUCGGCAUCUUGCUGCUCACGGCAGUGGCCGCAGGAGGAGCUCUGCUGUGGUGGAGGAUGAGGAAGGGGCUGCCAGCCCCUUGGAUCUCUCUCCGUGGGGACGAUAUAGGGGCCCUCCUGCCCACUCCUGGCCUGCCCAAGGAUGCUGACUCUUAGAAUAUAAAAUGCAUUCCCAGCAACUUCGUGACCCCAUCCCCCAGCCUGGCUGCUACCAGCUAAUGUAGUCAGGUCCCUUUCAUGCCGUGAGACCUCGUGAUAUCCUGGUAUUUCUGAGCCUCCAGAAGGAGUCCUGAGCCCGAUGCCCUUCCUCUGGAUUCCUCCUCCUGUGGUCUGCCUCAGUUUCCCCUCCCAUAUGUAUAGCUCUUUUCCACCUCCACGUAUAACAUGAAUUUGGGCCCGA